CAGCAUUCGUGACAGCAUAGACUUACUUCGUGAAGAUUGUCGAGUUCUUUACUAGUUGACUCAUACUGUUAUUUCAUGUUGCUAAUAUUUCAGGUUUUACAUUAGUUUUUGUAUAGCUCUCUAGUAAAUAAACAACAAGAUGGCAGAAAACCACGUAACUGGCUCUUUCACAUUGAAAACUGGUUUCGCUAAGAUGAUGAAAGGCGGUCUUAUCAUGGAUGUAAUAAACGCCGAGCAGGCAAAGAUUGCAGAAGCUGCAGGCGCAUGUGCGGUUAUGGCUCUCGAGCGCGUUCCAGCGGAUAUUCGCAAAAUGGGAGGUGUUUCGAGAAUGAGCGACCCAAAGAUGAUUAAAGAGAUAAUAGCAGCCGUAUCAAUACCUGUCCUGGCAAAAGUACGAAUCGGGCAUAUGGCCGAAGCACAAAUUCUUGAAGCGCUUGGAGUUGACAUGGUUGAUGAAUCGGAGGUGUUGACCAUGGCUGACGAGGAAAAUCACAUCGACAAACACCAGUUUAAAACUCCAUUUGUUUGCGGAGCAAGAAACUUGGGGGAAGCACUGCGCCGUAUCUCAGAGGGAGCGGCUAUGAUUCGUACCAAGGGCGAAGCUGGGACAGGAAACGUAGUUGAAGCUGUACGUCACGCGCGCGCAAUUUCGAGACAGAUACGUCUAGCACAGGCGAUGGAUGCGUCAGAGUUGUAUUCAUUUGCUAAGGAAAUUCAGGCUCCUGUAGAACUUCUAAGAGAAACCGCAAAGCUUGGGCGCCUCCCAGUGGUGAAUUUCGCCGCCGGGGGACUUGCGACACCUGCCGACGUAUCGAUGCUGAUGCAACUUGGGGUAGAUGGCGUCUUUGUCGGAUCAGGAAUCUUUAAGAGUAACUGCCCUAAAAAACGUGCUGAUGCAAUGGUACAAGCUGUCAUUCAUUAUAAAGAUCCCAAGACGCUUGCAGCGAUCAGUGAGGACCUCGGAGAGGCCAUGGUUGGAAUUAAUUGCGAGGAUUUGAAAGAAGUUUGGGCAACACGUGAGGCAAAGACCAACUGAAAACCUUUCGAAUGAAAAUGGUGUAGAAUACGCGCUAACUGGGUACAUUCUAACGGUCUACUUCAACGUAACUUCGCUUUGUAAAUGCUUCAAUAAAAGUGUACCAUAAGCCUCAAUGGACUUAGUGUACAAACUUUCAGUACAUGUUUAUCACUUUGAUCCCUACAUUACUAAAUGCAGGGCGACAGUUUAUAGAAAUUUAAACCAUCAAAUAUUUACCAAUUUAAACAACCAAGAAGUUAUUUUCUUACUUGUAAAUACAAUUCUGACGAA